AUGUGGAACAGAGCACCUUUCCGUGAACCUUUCUCCCCAAGAGCAAUCACGAGUGUAAAGGAAGGAAUCUCAAAGCUGAAGACAAUUGUUUGUUUACCACCAAUAGGAGUUAAAGGGGAAUCCUUAGCUCCGUGGAUCCUCUGGAGUAUUUGGCUGAGCAGAAACAACAAGCUCUUCAACGCCAGCAAUCUAAGUGCCUAUGGAACGCUGAAUCUCGCAAUUAUCCGAGCAAGAGAAUGGAUCCAAGCACAAGACGAGAUCCCGAAGCCAUGUCAAUUACCAAAGAGAGAUACAAUAGUAAAUCUACCAGGAAACUACAUCUGA